ACGCUUGUCAUUUGCUCAACAUUCUACCCGCCGUCGCGCUGUCAGGGACACAGCCUUGCGCUCAAUUUCUGUCCCCGGUCGCAGGUCGCAACGAAAAAAAAACCUUCGCAGGGGCCUUAUAAACCACCACCCAGCAUUCACAACCUGCAACACAAGAUGAGCGACACACAACAGGCAAAGGUAGACACCAACCACACACGACUGGCCGGCACAUGGACCGCCGUGUCCGCGUCUACAUUCGGCGCUGUGGACUAUACGCUUACCCUGGCGGUCAUUGGCAUCUCGAUCGAGGGCGACAUGACGGGAACCGUGCCUGGCACCUCAGCCAUCAUCUCCUUCGAAGUGGGCGGCAUUAUCGACCCGACGCCGCGGGCGGAUGCCGGGCCGGCUGCCGGGUACGCAGCGGCGUGGACGGCCGUGGGCCGCGCGGAGAAAGGCCUUCUGCACGCGACGACAUCUUGGAGCGCGCAGUUCUUCCCGGCAAUCCGGCCCGGUGGUGCGGACCGCAUCGUGGCACAAUGGGUUAUCGCGGGGAGCACGCGGCCGGGCGACGCGUGGGAGAGCCCGAACGUGGGCAGCGUGGAGUACCGCCGGGCGACGGUCAAUGCGACCAUGACGUCGGCCCGGGAGCGCGCCGUGGCCGAUGUGGUGGCGGACAACCGGCUGAAGGGCACGUGGUACAAUGAGUUGGGGUCACACAUGGUAAUCCGCGUCGAGCCGGACUACAUCACCGGGACGUACUACUCGAAAGUCGGUGACGCGUUUGGGGCGUACCCGCUGGUCGGCGUGUUCGACCGGUUUCCUCCAACUGGUGAAGGCGCGUCGCUCGGGUGGAACGUCGGAUGGAAGAACACGACACAUGGGGACACGCAUGCGGCGACCGCAUGGGCGGGACAACUGUUUUUGGGUGCCAAGCCGGAGGAGGACGUCAUUUCGACGCAGUGGUUGUUGGGCGUGAGUUGUGCCCCCGAGAAGAUCUGGGCGGCGACGAUGCUGGGCAAAGACGUCUUUACGCGCACCCAGCCGAAGGCAGCUGUUGUAGCUGCAAAGGGUGCCCAUCCAAGUGUCGAAGUGAUCGCCGAGAAAGGUGUGAAGGUCGCGCAAUUGUAG